AAACUGUGAAUGCUUUCAACUUUACAGAAGUACCAGAAAAUUGUGCCUAACCGUUGAAUGAUCUUUGUAAACACCGCCACACAGUGAAAUCCCCGACCUUUGGACUACAUCAGCCGUGGUGACUGCUAUAAAAUCCGGAACCUGCGCUCAAUCCUCAAUAGAGCAACUGAAGAGUCCAUUAGUGGAAUUUGUUUGCAACCUCAGACUGCACCGCAGACUUGUGAUAAUUAUAGUGACAUGGCUUCUGUGGACGUUGUGAAUAACCAGAAUGUGGUUGAACGGAUAGUUUCCCUUCCCUUGGUUAUUUCCACCUAUGACUUGGUGUCAAAUGUGUACUGCAACACCAAGAACACCCAUCUAUACUUGAAGUCCGUGUGUGAGGUGGCUGAGAAUGGUGUGAAAUCCAUAACCUCAGCUGCUUUUCACAGUGCUUUACUAAUCAUCGGCAAGCUAGAGCCUCAGAUCUCUAUGGCAAAUGACGUGGCAUGCAAAGGACUGGAUAAGAUAGAGAAGACUCUGCCGAUCCUACACAAGCCAUCUGAUCAGAUCAUCGCCAGUGCCAAAGAGGCAGUGACAGGAGCCAAGGAAGCCGUCAGCGGUACUAUGAACGGUGCCAAGGAGUCUGUCUCCUUCACUCUCAGUGAAGUGACGGACAGAACACGAGGAGCAGUGCAGGACGGCAUGGAAAAGACCACGACGGUGGUGAGUGGUGGAGUCCAAACAGUGAUGGAGAGCAGGGUGGUCAAACUGAUGAGCAGCAGCGUGGACACAGCACUGAGCACAUCUGAGACUCUCCUGGAGCAGUACUUACCUGAAACAGACGAGGAUAGAGAAAGUGAAGUGAAGAACUCCAGAGGAUUGGAAAAUUACAGUGAUGCACCCAGUUACUACGUGCGGCUUAGGUCUCUGUCCAACAAAGUCCGGGACAGGGCUUUCCAGAGGGCUGUAGAUAAAGUUAGUUAUGCCAUUCAACACAGCCAAGAGUCCAUAUCUCAGCUGAACCACACCAUGGAUCUAAUUGAUUAUACCCGCAAUAAUUUUGAUGUGUCUAACCAGAAGCUACAUGAGAAACUGAGUUCGCUGAUGGGCUGGAAGAGUCAAGAAGAGAAUGAGACGGUCACAGACAAUGAGGCUGAGCAAAUUGAAUCACGCACAUUGACCAUUGCCCACAACCUCAGCCAGCAACUCCAGAGCACAUGUCUGGUCUUGGUGUCCAGCCUCAAAGGUCUCCCUCAGCACAUCCAGGUCCGGGUCCAGAUCUAUAGCAGCUUCAGUAAGGCUGCCGCCCUAGGAGAUUCGUCCAACAGCGUCCUCGCCAGCAGUCGAUCCCAGCUGAGCAGAAUAAGAGAUUCCAUGGAUAACGUCAUGGACUACCUGGUCAACAAUACACCUCUUAAUUGGCUGGUAGGUCCAUUUUACCUACGUGUGGAACACGGGACUGCAAACGGCCCCGAAUGUGACAAACCAGGGACCCUUCGAAUCACUGAAUGAAGACCGAUGAAAUUUCAGAAUAUUAACCAUUUGUUUCUAUUUUACAAAUAUACGUACAAUCACAUUCCUGCCAGUAAAAACCUUCUCUACUUUGAAAGCAGUGAUAUUUACUGUGAUAACAAUCAUAAUAAAUAAUAUACAGCGUUUUACUAAAUCAUAUUUCUUAAGUGUCUUAAAUUUUAAACCUGCACAUGCCUAAUCAUUUUAGGUAUAAAUAGUGCCUUUUUACACAAUGCUGUCUUUUUAUUGUUUGCACAUUUCUAAUAAAACAAUUCACUUAUAA